AUGGCGGCCUCUUUCCCACCCACUUUGGGACUCAGUUCCGCCCCAGAUGAAAUUCAGCACCCACAUAUUAAAUUUUCAGAAUGGAAAUUUAAGCUGUUCCGGGUGAGAUCCUUUGAAAAGACACCUGAAGAAGCUCAAAAGGAAAAGAAGGAUUCCUUUGAGGGGAAACCCUCUCUGGAGCAAUCUCCACCAGUCCUGGACAAGGCUGAAGGUCAGAAGCCAGUCCCAACUCAGCCAUUGUUAAAAGCCCACCCUAAGUUUUCAAAGAAAUUUCACGACAACGGGAAAGCAAGAGGCAAAGCGAUCCAUCAAGCCAACCUUCGACAUCUCUGCCGCAUCUGUGGGAAUUCUUUUAAAACUGAUGAGCACAACAGGAGAUAUCCAGUCCAUGGUCCUGUGGAUGGUAAAACCCUAGGCCUUUUACGAAAGAAGGAAAAGAGAGCUACUUCCUGGCCGGACCUCAUUGCCAAGGUUUUCCGGAUCGAUGUGAAGGCAGAUGUUGACUCAAUCCACCCCACUGAGUUCUGCCAUAACUGCUGGAGCAUCAUGUACAGGAAGUUUAGCAGUGCCCCAUGUGAGUUUUACUUCCCAAGGAACGUGACCAUGGAGUGGCACCCCCACACACCAUCCUGUGACAUCUGCAACACUGCCCGUCGGGGACUCAAGAGGACGAGUAUUCAGCCAAACUUGCAGCUCAGCAAAAAACUCAAAACUGUGCUUGACCAAGCGAGACAAGCCCGUCAGUGCAAGAGAAGAGCUCAGGCAGGGAUCAGCAGCAAGGAUGUCAUGAAGAAGAUCGCCAACUGCAGUAAGAUACAUCUUAGUACCAAGCUUCUUGCAGUGGACUUCCCGGAGCACUUUGUGAAAUCCAUCUCCUGUCAGAUCUGUGAACACAUUCUGGCUGACCCUGUGGAGACCAACUGUAAGCAUGUCUUUUGCCGGGUCUGCAUUCUCAGAUGCCUCAGAGUCAUGGGCAGCUAUUGUCCCUCUUGCCGAUAUCCAUGCUUCCCUACUGACCUGGAGAGUCCAGUGAAGUCCUUUCUGAGCGUCUUGAAUUCCCUGACGGUGAAAUGUCCAGCAAAAGAGUGCAAUGAGGAGGUCAGCUUGGAAAAAUAUAAUCACCACAUCUCAAGUCACAAGGAAUCAAAAGAGACUUUUGUGCACAUUAAUAAAGGGGGCCGGCCCCGCCAACAUCUUCUGUCGCUGACUCGGAGAGCUCAGAAGCACCGGCUGAGGGAGCUCAAGCUGCAAGUCAAAGCCUUUGCUGACAAAGAAGAAGGUGGAGAUGUGAAGUCCGUGUGCAUGACCUUGUUCCUGCUGGCUCUGAGGGCAAGGAAUGAGCACAGGCAAGCUGAUGAGCUGGAGGCCAUCAUGCAGGGAAAGGGCUCUGGCCUGCAGCCAGCUGUUUGCUUGGCCAUCCGUGUCAACACCUUCCUCAGCUGCAGUCAGUACCACAAGAUGUACAGGACUGUGAAAGCCAUCACAGGGAGACAGAUUUUUCAGCCUUUGCAUGCCCUUCGGAAUGCUGAGAAGGUACUUCUGCCGGGCUACCACCACUUUGAGUGGCAGCCACCUCUGAAGAAUGUGUCUUCCAGCACUGAUGUUGGCAUUAUUGAUGGGCUGUCUGGGCUAUCAUCCUCUGUGGAUGAUUACCCAGUGGACACCAUUGCAAAGAGGUUCCGCUAUGAUUCAGCUUUGGUGUCUGCUUUGAUGGACAUGGAAGAAGACAUCUUGGAAGGCAUGAGAUCCCAAGACCUUGAUGAUUACCUGAAUGGCCCCUUCACUGUGGUGGUGAAGGAGUCUUGUGAUGGAAUGGGAGAUGUGAGUGAGAAGCAUGGGAGUGGGCCAGUAGUUCCAGAAAAGGCAGUCCGUUUUUCAUUCACGAUCAUGAAAAUUACUAUUGCCCACAGCUCUCAGAAUGUGAAAGUAUUUGAAGAAGCCAAACCGAACUCUGAACUGUGUUGCAAGCCAUUGUGCCUUAUGCUGGCAGAUGAGUCUGACCACGAGACCCUGACUGCCAUCCUGAGCCCUCUCAUUGCUGAGAGGGAGGCCAUGAAGAGCAGUGAAUUAAUGCUUGAGCUGGGAGGCAUUCUCCGGACUUUCAAGUUCAUCUUCAGGGGCACUGGCUAUGAUGAAAAACUUGUGCGGGAAGUGGAAGGCCUCGAGGCUUCCGGCUCAGUCUACAUUUGUACUCUUUGUGAUGCCACCCGUCUGGAAGCCUCUCAAAAUCUUGUCUUCCACUCUAUAACCAGAAGCCAUGCUGAGAACCUGGAACGUUAUGAGGUCUGGCGUUCCAACCCUUACCACGAGUCUGUGGAAGAACUGCGGGAUCGGGUGAAAGGGGUCUCAGCCAAACCUUUCAUUGAGACAGUCCCUUCCAUAGACGCACUCCAUUGUGACAUUGGCAAUGCAGCUGAGUUCUACAAGAUCUUCCAGCUAGAGAUAGGGGAAGUGUAUAAGAAUCCCAGUGCUUCCAAAGAGGAAAGGAAAAGGUGGCAGGCCACACUGGACAAGCAUCUCCGGAAGAAGAUGAACCUCAAACCAAUCAUGAGGAUGAAUGGCAACUUUGCCAGGAAGCUCAUGACCAAAGAGACUGUGGAUGCAGUUUGUGAGUUAAUUCCUUCUGAGGAGAGGCACGAGGCUCUGAGGGAGCUGAUGGAUCUUUACCUGAAGAUGAAACCAGUAUGGCGGUCAUCAUGCCCUGCUAAAGAGUGCCCAGAAUCCCUCUGCCAGUACAGUUUCAAUUCACAGCGUUUUGCUGAGCUCCUUUCUACCAAGUUCAAGUAUAGGUAUGAGGGAAAAAUCACCAAUUAUUUUCACAAAACCUUGGCACAUGUUCCUGAAAUUAUCGAGAGGGAUGGCUCCAUUGGGGCAUGGGCAAGUGAGGGAAAUGAGUCUGGUAACAAACUGUUUAGGCGCUUCCGGAAAAUGAAUGCCAGGCAGUCCAAAUGCUACGAGAUGGAAGAUGUCCUGAAACACCACUGGCUGUACACCUCCAAAUACCUCCAGAAGUUUAUGAAUGCUCAUAAUGCAUUAAAAACCUCUGGGUUUACCAUGAACUCUCAGGCAAGCUUAGGGGACCCAUUAGGCAUGGAGGACUCUCUGGAAAGCCAAGAUUCAAUGGAAUUUUAAGUCGGGCAACCACUUAUGAGUUGGUUUU